UUAACUUAAUUUCCUAACGACUCAAUUUUUUCAUAAAUUUAUUUUCCAGAAAAUUCCAUUUUUCCAGAAAGAAAUUGAAUUUGCCCAGAACAAUCAUGGGCAGAUCCCUUUCAAACUUUGCUAUUUGCUCAAGCUUUUGUGAGAAGUGUUCAUGUUUGCUUAUCAACGUCUUUACGGCAAAUGAAGAAAAUCUUGCCCUGUAAGUCCACACGGGCGUCGACAAAGUUAGACAAGGCUUAGCAAAUAACUUUAAUGAUUAAUCUUUACCAAACGCCGAUAUAAAUUGAUUCACUUUCCUUAAAUCUUUAGUCUUGUUCUGCUCCUGUUGAGACUUAAGAAGAUUAUUCUUUCUAAAGAAAAAAUAUAGAGUUUAAAAGAACAAGGACACGCGCAAAGCUAAGAUGAAGACUCAGUUUGUCUUCAUGGGAUGCCUGGUGCUUGCUUCUAUCACGCAAGGUAUCAGUGAAUCACAAAAUGAACAACGGAACAAGCGAAACAUUGGUGAACUUGAUAUACCUGACUCACUACUGAGUAUUCAGCAUCAAUCACAAAGUCAAGUCAGUGUGUCAUGCGACCCCCCAUGUGCCAAUGGUGCGUGCGUUGGGGAAAACCAAUGUAAAUGUGAAGAAGGUUAUAGUGGGCCUGCAUGCAAUGAAUUCGAAUGCACAGAGAGCUGUGGGCAUGGUAAAUGCGUUGCACCCAAUACGUGUGAAUGUAACACAGGGUGGGGAGGAGAGUCCUGUCAUACAGCCACAUGUGAUGAUGAAUGUUUAAAUGGAGGUUCGUGCUCAGCACCGAACACCUGUACCUGUUUAAAGGGCUGGUCAGGUGAUAACUGUGGAUCAGCUGUAUGCGAUGUUAAAUGUGCGAACGGUGGAACUUGCGACUCCCCUAAUGUUUGUCUUUGUAAACAAGGGUAUCAAGGAACACUUUGUCAAAUUGCCCAGCAACCUGGUUGCAAGUUCCCAUUCGAAUACAAUGGUGAAUUAUACAUGACUUGUACAACUGUUGAUGCAACUGAUGGACAACCAUGGUGUUCUACAACUACUGCGUUUGAAGGAGAUAAGAAGAUCUGUGACUUCACAUCAAUGUGUUCCGCUGCUGGCCAAAAACUCGAGAUUCCUGGUGAAUGUGGAAAGUAUUACGAAUGUGCUGAUGAUAUGACAGUGUCUGUUGUCCCAUGUCCAGCGGGUACCGUGUUCAAUGCCCUGGUAGGGGGGUGCGACACUGCUGACAAUGUCCCAAUGUGCAAAGAUGAUGCAUCACAAGGUCCAACUAAAGGAGAAGACAGCACCAGCUGUCCUGCCCCCACCCAUUCAUCAAACGUAUGCAGUUACUGGGAAAAAGAGAACUUCUACACUUUCGAUGGCGCUCUAUUCGCAUCAAGUGGGAGGUGUAACUACCAACUUGUAUCAGACUGCGUUGGAAAUACCUUUGAUAUUUCUCUUUCCUUCACAAGUGGUGGAAACCCCUCACUUAAACUGACAUCACAGACUGGUGUGUCGGUCGUAGUUACGGGAGGGAAGGCUUACAAUGAAGGGGAAGAGAUUGCGAUCCCAAGCCUCAGCAAUGGUUUCUCCUUGUACAAGUUACCCAACACUGACUACACGAUCAUCAACAGCAGUGCGGGGUUCGCUGUGGCUUGGUCCGGGAAUGAUAAUUUCUUCAUUGCUGUUCAUAACAAGAACUUGGUUGGACAUCUGUGUGGAUUGUGUGGGAACUUUAAUGGAUUCACUGUGGAUGAUAUGGUCCCGAAAUAUGGUGAAACCCCGACAACCAACGUUGAAACUUUGAUGGACUCAUGGCUGUUGGCAAGUGGUGAGGAGUGUACAACAGGAACAUCUACUGAUUAUUGUGGAUUGCUCACUACACAGCAAUUAUCGGACAUUGCGAAAGUCUGCGCUGAAGUAGUGACCGGGCUUUCCUUCACAUCUUGCAAUGUUCCAACCUCGGUACUUGAGGAGACUUGCGUACGUGACUUAUGCCAGUGUGAGGGGGAUUAUAAGGAUUGUUUAUGUGCAUCAGCCACCCACUACAGCAAGCUAUGUGUGGCAACUGGAGCUAAUGUUAAAGAAUGGAGGACUGACAAGUUUUGUCCCAAAUCGUGCCCUAACGGUAUGGUAUACAGUGAAUGCGGGACCGCAUGCCCAAGGACAUGUAAGAACAAGGGAUUGAUGCAUAUGUGUGCGUCGCUAUGCGUCGAUGGAUGUUUCUGUCCUGCUGGUACCAUCCUUGAUGUUGGGGGUUGCGUGGCAGAAGAGGAAUGCUCGUGCUCACAUCUUGGUGAAGUUUAUUCAUCCGGUCAGAAGAGGACAGAAGACUGUAGAGAAUGCACAUGCAAUGGUGGUUCAUGGUCAUGCACAGACCUCAUGUGCGCUGGAGAAUGCUCGGCAACCGGCGACCCACAUUACCAAACCUUCGAUGGUUCUUCGUAUUCGUUUAACGGAGAUUGUCGAUAUGUGCUCGCUACUGACUCAUGUGGUAGUGGAAGCAAUUACACGUUUGCCGUUGUUGUUGAGAACGUUAAAUGCGAGGCAAGUGACAGCGGGAGUUGUACAAAGUCAGCGACAAUCGUCAUCAAGAACGCACUGAAAGAAACGAAAUACAAACUUAAACAAGAAGGAGUCGUUGGGGUUGAUGAAAAUGACGUGACGUUGCCAUACACUCAUGGUGACAUCUCCAUUAUGAGGUUAUCCAGCAUGAUGGUUCAAGUUAAAACAUCCAAUGGUAUUGAGGUUGAUUGGGAUGGUGAGAUGAGACUUUAUAUCAGGUUGGAUCCCUUAUGGAGAAACAGAGUGUGUGGUUUGUGUGGAAACUUUAACGGGAAAGCCACCGAUGAUAUGAAGACACCACAAAGCAUCGUUGAAACCAAUCCAGCUAGCUUUGGAAACUCGUGGAAGGUUUCUUCUGAAUGCGCAGCCGUGCCCUCUAUCCCCGAAUCUUGCUCGGCUAACCAGGAGAAAAUCGAGGAAGCGAAUCAGCUUUGUGAUGUCAUAAAGAGUGAUGUGUUCAAACCAUGCCACCAAGUGGUGGAUUAUGAGUUGCAUUACUCUAUGUGCCGAUCUGAUGUAUGCGGAUGUAGUGGCGACAACUGCAUGUGUUCAUCAUUGUCCGACAAUGCAAGGAAAUGUGUGGAGAAAGGGGUUGUUAUUCAGUGGAGAAGCAAUACUACUUGUGGUGUGACUUGCGAAUCUGGACUUGAGUACCGAGAAUGCGGUGGAGACUGUGUUUCCAAGUGUUCGACAUUAGGUGGCAUCAUGUGUGACAGAAUGUGUCACCCUGGGUGUUACUGUCCGCAGAACUUAUAUCUCAAUGAUGACGGUACAUGUGUGGAGAUGGAAAAGUGCGGAUGUAUUUACCAAGGAGUGAAAUAUACAGCAGGGGAAGCAAUGGAAACUUCAUCAACAGUUUGCGAAUGCAAAGAUGGUUUGAUGACAUGCCAUGAUAAACAAGAAGCCCCAUCAUGCGAGGAACCACUUGUUUAUAUUGACUGUGUUUCGUCAAGUGGAACAGCAUGCCAGGACACCUGUCAAUCAAAGAAGACCUUCUGCAUGGCUGAGAGCUGCGUAGCUGGAUGUGGUUGUCCUGAAGGAACUAUUAAAGAUGAGAACACGAACACUUGUGUGAAGCCCGACCAAUGUUCAUGCACGCACAAUGGACAAGUAUACGAACCAAACUCUGUUAUGAGCCCUGAUAGUUGCAAUGAUUGUACUUGUGUUGAGGGUGGAUGGUCGUGUACAGAGAUGGCUUGUCCUGCUGAAUGCUCUGCUGUAGGAGAUCCACAUUUCACUUCAUUUGAUGGACUUAGAUACAACUUCCAGGGUGCUUGUUCUUAUGUGAUGUCACAAGACUUCUGCAACAACAAAACUGGAGGCUUCCGUGUUGUUGUUGAGAACAUUCCAUGCGGUAACAACGGUGUGACGUGCACCAAGUCAGUCACCGUCCAUCUCUACAAUGUUGUCAUCAAACUUACAAAGGGAGAUGGAGAACCUGUCGUAUCAGAAAGUGUUUCCAUCGGCUCCCCAGCCCCACCCAGUGGCUUCCAAUACAACAUUAGAAAGGGGAGUAUUUAUUACAUCGUUGAAACCAACAAUGGGUUGUCCGUUCUAUGGAACAAAGAAAACGCAGCUAAAGUUCAACUUCAACCUAAUUACAUGGGACAGGUGUGUGGAUUGUGUGGUAAUUAUGACGGCGACACUGGGAAUGAUUUCCAAACAAGAGAUGGAGAUAUUGCCGUCAAUCCUAAUGAUUUUGGCAACGACUGGAAGACUGAUGACACGUGCCCAGAUGGCACAAGAGACCCGAACCCGUGCCUGGAGUCCCCUGAGCGCGCACCGUGGGCUGAGAAGAAAUGUGCCAUCAUCAACAGUGAGGUGUUCGCUGAAUGUCACGCCAAAGUUGACCCCACCCAUUAUUACGAUAACUGCAUGUACGAUACCUGUGGAUGUAACUUUGGUGGAGAUUGUGAAUGCUUUUGCACAGCUGUGGCGGUAUAUGCUCAGGAAUGUGCGGCUGCCGGCGUUUGCAUCAACUGGCGUAACAACGAGGUUUGUCCCGUCAUGUGCGAAGUGUUCAACCCUGGGUUUGGAUCAUCUUAUGAUAACGAGACGUGUGAAUGGAAAUACAACGCUUGUGGCAACCCGUGCCCACCCACAUGCGAUAACCCCAACCCCACAAACUGUCCAUGGGAAAGUUUGGAAGGAUGUUAUGUCUCCUGCAAAGAUGAUGAAGUCUGGGAUGAAAUUAAAAACAAAUGUAUUCCAAAAAGUGAAUGCCCAGUUGUUACAACUACAACACCAGUGAUAACAACCACAACGACUGAAAAAACAACAACAACGACAGAAGUUACGACAACAACACCCGAACCAGAAAUAAUCACCACAACGCCAGAAGUAACUCAUCCAGAUGAAGAAAUAACAACAACAACACCAAAGUGGUGCAACUGCGUGGAUAGCGAUGGCAUCGCACAUUCACCUGGUGAGACUUGGCCACUUAGAAACGACGAAUCACUUUGCGUCGACCUCACUUGCGUGGAAGAAGCACCGGGUGUUUGUAAAACAGAGAGCGUCGACACCACCGUUAAAUGCACGGCUGAGAACAAACCUACGUGCUUGAACGGAUUCCCUGCCGUGGCUGUCACUGACGGUUGUAGUUGUCAAUGGGAGUGCCAAUGUUAUUGCUUCGGCCAGGGUGACCCUCACUUCUUCACAUUCGAUGGUAAAUAUUAUCCGUUCCAAGGAAACUGUACGUUUGUAUUAUCACGGGAUAUGAAUGAACAUCACAGUAACCACCCACAUGAUUAUGAGAUUUGGAUGGAGAAUGAAGCUUGUCCCGAAGCUCCUGAAACAACUUGUACACGAAAGAUGACGAUCAGAUACGGACCAACACACGUUGUGCUGUAUAAGAACUACACAUUCACAGUGAAUGGAGGAAACUUGAAACACCGCGCGCAAAUGCCAUACACGUUUGGAGACAUCCGUAUCGAGUUGCGAGGAUUCAACCUCUUCUAUGUAACGAUUCCCGACCUCGGCAUCACCCUCACUUACACUGGGCUGGAUUACAGCUGGAGUUUGAUCGUCCCUUAUUCAGUUUACUUCAAUAAAACUGAAGGACUGUGUGGUGUUUGUAACAAUGACCAAGGUGAUGAUUUCACGACAAGAAAAGGAACGGUUGUCAAGGAUAUUGAAAUAUUUGGCGAAAGUUGGUUGGUGUACAACGAAUCAAAGCAUUGCUUCAAGGAAGAUAAUAAAACUUGUUUUCCCGCCGCACCUGAGUGUGAUAUCAUCACGUCUGAUGUUUUUAAAGACUGCCAUGCGUUAGUGGAUCCCGAAGUAUAUUUAAAGAUUUGCCGAUUUGAUACGGCACAGUGUGGGAACUAUAGUUACUGUGAAGCUUUGUACGGAUACGCGAGGAUCUGUCAACAUGCUGGCGUAUGCGUGGAUUGGAGAACUGACUCUAUUUGCCCCAUGGAGUGUGGUGAUGAUGAGAUAUACAUGGCUUGCCAACCCAACUGUGAACAAACUUGCGAUAAUUUUAUCUCGGGUGAACAAUGCGCGUCCGAGGAAGUUGUUGAGGGCUGUUUCUGUCCACCGGGUACCGUGCUUGAUGGUGGGGAAUGUGUGGCUGAGGAAACUUGCACUGACUGUGUGGAUGCUGAUGGGAAUAUAUUUGGGUAUGGGGAGAGCUGGGUAUCAGAGAACGCUUCAUGCACGAUAUGCUCUUGUAUGGAAGGACAGAAUGUGGUUUGUACAAACAAGCCAUGUUCACCUGGUUGGACAGAUGCCGUACCAAGCUGUCACUCAUGUUUUGUGCCUGAACUUGAACGAGGUUCUGACCCAUGUUGCCCCACCUACAAGUGUGUAUGUAACUACGAGUUAGGCAAAGGCGAUGACGAAUGCGACGUUGUAACGAUCCCAACAUGCGAUCCCGGGUACAUUCCCAUCCAAACCAACCCCGGUAAAUGCAUCCCCUCGUAUGAAUGUACUUGCAAUGCUUCUCGCAACCCUUGCCCUGUACCGCCCACAUGUGGAGAACUUGAACACCUCGUUUCAACCGACGGAGAAUGUUGUCCAACACAUAAAUGCGUUUGCAACGAGUGCCCCGAAAAAAGCCCAUCUUGCGGAGUUUGUCAAAACACAUUAACAACUGUUGAUAAAUGUGAUUGCAAACAUUAUACUUGUGAGAACAAGGGUGUCUGCAAUAUUAAUGGGACAGAAAAACUGCCAGGAGAUAGCUGGAACACUGACCCCUGCACUACAUGUACGUGCCAUGAAACAUCAGUUGAUAAUGAUGGUUGUUAUAAUGUUGGAUGUGUGGUGAUGUCAUGUAGCACCUACUGCCCGCCAUGCAGCACAUACACACCAGUAGCUGGCCAGUGUUGCGGAAUGUGCGUUCAAACUGCGUGCAGUGUUGCCGACGAGAAUAAUUCAACUCAGUGUAAACCGAUUGGAGAUCACUGGCAAGACUUGGACAAAUGUAUUUCAUCCAUCUGCGUGGCGAACCCUAACGGUCACACAACGGUUACAACUGCCCCAAUCACGUGUCCGCCCGUUGCCAUGCCAACAUGCACCCCAUGUUAUAAGAUAGCCACAUACACUGAAGAUUGCUGCGAGAAAUAUCAUUGCAUUCCUGAUGAUGUAUGUUGUCUUAGUGGACCAGCAAUCAAACUGCCGGGUGAGACAUGGGAGCCCGACGCAUGCAAUGAAUGUCAAUGUACCAACAACAUGAACCAUACAAGCGGUUUCCACGUUGUUGAUUGCUCACCUAAACCUUGCCCACCCUUUGAUAUUGAUGAUUGUGAAUCCCAUGGAGGACAAUCUGCUUUAUCUGACGACGGAUGUUGCAUGCAUUGUGUCGCUAAUGUUUGUGUGGAUGCAAAGAACCAAACACACUCUUUUGGUGAAACCUGGUACCCAGAUGUAUGCACCAUCUGUUCAUGUGUUGCUGGCCAUGAGAUCGUAUGUAACCCAGUCACGUGCCCACCAUCGAAACAAGCCCCUAUGAACUGCGCACCAUGCGAGGUCCCACUUAGAAGGCUCUCAUCGGAUCCAUGCUGUCCACAAUACGACUGUGUUUGCAACUAUGAGUUGAUCAAGGGUGAGCCUAAUUGUGAUGCCGUACCCGUGCCAAAAUGCCCACCUGGGUAUGUAGCAAGUCAGACCAAUGUUGGCCAAUGUAUUCCUGAUUAUGAUUGCUUCUGCAACAAGUCACGGAACCCAUGCCCCGAAGCUCCUGAAUGUCCCGAGUUACAUGAAUUGGUAACAACAGAAACAGAAUGCUGCCCAUUAUAUGGAUGCGUUUGCAAGAAAUGUAACGAGGCCCCCACCUCAUGCUCACCAUGCCAAGAUGCCAUCACAACAAUUGAUGCUUGUGGUUGCCGUCAUGUGACCUGUCAAUCAAAGAACAUUUGUUAUGUUGAUGAUGUCGCUCACCUUCCUGGUGACAUCUGGAACCCUGAUGUUUGCACUCAGUGUGUGUGUCAAUCAGACGUCACCAACCCCGAUACUGCAUGUCAUGUUGAAAGUUGUUUUGCACAAAGUUGCGACCCCACUUGCCCGCCAUGCCAUGAUUAUGUGGUUGGAGCCGGCGAAUGCUGCGGAACAUGCGUGCAGAGAGCGUGCCAGGUGGCUGGGGCGAAUGGAACCGUGGAAUGCAAGAAUGUUGGAGAUAAUUGGUGGUACGAAUCCACAUGCGAACAAUACAUGUGUACCACUGAUAAUGAUGGAAACAUUGGUAUCGUGGAGGUUGCAUAUGCUUGCCCAGUGCCUGAGGUUCCCACAUGCUCAUCAUGUUAUAAACUUGAAUCUUAUGUGGAAGGAUGUUGCUCCAAACUUAGAUGUGUACAAGAAAACGUCUGUUGUGCCGAUGGAAUGGGAAAACUGCCUGGAUCAACAUGGGCACCAGAUGCUUGUCAUCUUUGCCAAUGUACCGAAGAUAAGGAUCUUGACACUGGCUUCUUAGCAGAACAAUGCUAUCACAACCCAUGCCCUCCAUUCGAUUCUGAUGCUUGUGUAGCCAAUGGUGGAACAGUCAUAUCAUCUGAUGAUGGAUGUUGCCUAAAAUGCCAAGAAACAGAAUGCUUUGAAUGCGAUAAACGUAUGAGCACCAAACCUGAGUAUAUGUUGGUUGAUGGAUGUGCCUCAAAUGAACCCGUCUCUCUAUCUUACUGUGAUGGAUUCUGUCGCGGGCAUUACUUCUGGACCGACCACGGCGCAGAGAAUGAUUGUUCUUGUUGCAACCCAACUUCCACGGCUACCAGAGUUGUUUCAAUGAAAUGUAAGAACGGAACAGAAGUCCAAUACUCAUUCACCGAUGUUUUAUCUUGUGGGUGUACCGCUACCUGCACCCCUAACCCCCCAACUGUCACCCCUGCUCCAGAAACACCAGCGCCAACUACUACUGCUCCAGAAGCACCAGUACCCACAACCACUGUACCAGUAAAACCAACCCCCACAACUGAAGAAACUGGUUCUGGUGAGACCACUGUACCAGAAGCACCGGUAACCACAACCACUGUACCAGUAAAACCAACCCCUAACAACUGAAGAAACUGGUUCUGGUGAGACCACUGUACCAGAAGCACCAGUAACCACAACCACUGUACCAGUAAAACCAACCCCUACAACUGAAGAAACUGGUUCUGGUGAGACAACUGUACCAGAAGCACCGGUAACCACAACCACUGUACCAGUAAAACCAACCCCCACAACUGAAGAAACUGGUUCUGGUGAGACCACUGUACCAGAAGCACCAGUGACGACAACUACUGUACCAGUAAAACCAACCCCCACAACUGAAGAAACUGGUUCUGGUGAGACCACUGUACCAGAAGCACCAGUGACGACAACCACUGUACCAGUAAAACCAACCCCUACAACUGAAGAAACUGGUUCUGGUGAGACCACUGUACCAGAAGCACCGGUAACCACAACUACUGUACCAGUAAAACCAACCCCCACAACUGAAGAAACUGGUUCUGGUGAGACCACUGUACCAGAAGCACCAGUGACGACAACCACUGUACCAGUAAAACCAACCCCUACAACUGAAGAAACUGGUUCUGGUGAGACCACUGUACCAGAAGCACCAGUAACGACAACCACUGUACCAGUAAAACCAACCCCUACAACUGAAGAAACUGGUUCUGGUGAGACAACUGUACCAGAAGCACCGGUAACCACAACUACUGUACCAGUAAAACCAACCCCCACAACUGAAGAAACUGGUUCUGGUGAGACCACUGUACCAGAAGCACCAGUGACGACAACCACUGUACCAGUAAAACCAACCCCUACAAC